AUGGUGCAACUCUUCAAACUGGCGGAUCAAUUCCUCAUCGGGUGCUAUGGAAAAAAAUGGUAUUGUUACUUUUCUAUUUUAUAUUUAAAUAUUAAUGAAAUUAAGAUAUACUUUUUUUUACAGAAAGAGACGAAAGGAGAAGACCCAACAUUUAGUGACUUUUAUUUUCGUACUCAUCGUACUAAAGAUAAAAACUGGGUCGGUAUUCAUGCUGAAUCUGCUUAUGAGAAAUUUGAAAAUAAAAAGAUUGAGUUAUCGUCUGAAGCUUCAACUUUUGUUCCGGGAGAGGACGAAGCUGAUAGUCAACCAACCAAAGUUAUGCCAUCUGAUAUUGAUAUAUGGGUGGAUGUAGUUGGGAGAAAGAAAGGGAGAAUAUUUGGUCUCGGAUCUAUAGCCAAAACAUUGAAUCCAAAUCAGCCAUCAAUGCGUUCCGAUUCAGAGGUUGAUGCUUUGAGAAGUCAAGUUCAUGCGUUGAAUGAAUCCUUGCAAAAACAGGAGCAAGAAAAGUUGUUGAUGAAACAACAGUUGCAACGACAAGAAAAAGAGAUGGCCGAGACCAACAGAAAUUUAACCUUUCUUAUGCAACAUUUAGGAUUUGUUGGAUCAUCUUCUCGUCCAAGCUCAUCACCACAACUCAACGAUGAAACUGAUGAAGAUAGCGAGGAUGUUGGUAGUGAUCAUAUUGAGUAGUAUUUGUUUCUAUUUUGUUAAAUUGGUUGUAUCAUGUACUUGAUUGUACUUAGUUUUUUUUUUUUGGAUCAUGUUUUAAUUAAUACUUAGUUAUGAUUUGUGAACAUGAUAUAAAUUUUGUUUAGAAUUAUCACAAUAUGAUUUAUGCAUAUGAUAUAAAUUUUGUUUAGAAUUAUCACAAUAUGAUUUAUGCACAUUAUAUAAAUUUUGUUUAGAAUUAUCACAAUAUGAUUUAUGCACAUUAUAUAAAUUUUGUUUAGAAUUAUCACAAUAUGAUUUAUGCACAUUAUAUAAAUUUUGUUUAGAAUUAUCACAAUAUGAUUUAUGCACAUUAUAUAAAUUUUGUUUAGAA